AUGAGGUUUCCCCAAAUUCAACAAACCGUUUUCAAGAAACCUUAUUCUGCUUCCUCUUCUGCGAGAGCUACCAGCUUAAUCAAAAGACGAGAGACCGUCUUUAAGAAAGCUAACGAGCUUUCAAUUCUGUGUGGUAUCGAUGUUUGUGUCAUCUAUUACGGACCAGAUGGAGAGCUGAAAACAUGGCCAAAAGAGAGGGAGAAGGUCACAGCCCUCGCUCUAAGAUACGGCGCAUUAAGUGAGAGGAAACGACGCAAAGGAAGGGUUGAUCUUUACGAGUUUCUCGACAAGAUCAAUAACGAUGAUUCCAAGAAGAAGCAGAAUAAGCAGAAGAAGGAGAAGCCAGUGAGACGUGUGGCGAAAGUCAAGUAUCCAGUUUGGGACCCUAGGUUUGAUAACUACUCUGCGGAGCAACUCUCGGGACUUGUUCAGUCCUUGGAACGUAACCUAACCAGAAUCAUCCAACAAAGGGUUCGCGCUGUUGUUGAAGGUCAGGGACAGAGGAAGAUACAGUACUUGAACAUGGCUAGUCAAGGACCGAUGAUGCCUAGUACGAUGAAUCAAUAUUUUCAACAACAACCAAACCAGCAUGUUUCCAUGUUUCUGUAUAACCAUGGGAACGGGAAUGUCUCGCAAAUCCCAGUCUCUGCAUCAGCUUUGAACCAAGGGCAAUCUCUGGCUCCGAUUCCGUCUGAACUGAUGAUUCACCCGAAUCAGGAUGUGGGAAACUACUCGGGGUCACUUGGGGUACAAGGAACUGGGAUCAAUGGGUGCCAAAACAUG